AUGCGUUUCGUUCUCGUCACAGCUCUCGCAGCCUUUGCUGUCGCACAAAGCACCACUCCAAUGUCUGCUAGCGCAAGCGGCAGCAUGACAAUCUCGACCUCUUCCGCCGCUCCAUCCUGUGCUGCUGGCCAGUCAACAUGCAACGGAGUCUGCUACGAUAGCAGCGAGUUCGUCUGCUGCUCAUCUGGACUCUGCGCCAGUGGCAGCUACUGUGGUCAAGAUAGCUCUGGCAACGAAGCCUGUUGCGCUCAAAACACCGCCGGCACCUGCUCGGCCGCCUCAACACCUACCUCGCUCAGUCGUGGCGCGACGGUCUCAUCGGGCGCCGCGUCAGCUACUUCGUCAAUGGCGAGUGGAAGCAAGACUUCCAGCUCUUCAUCUACUGCUUCGGGCUCUCAGAGCGGCGACGCAAGCACUGCUACUUCUUCGGGCGCCGCUGCAGGCCACGUCGAUUCUUGGCUCUCCAACGCCGUUACCUUUGCCGCUGGCGGCCUUGUUGCUGCUGCCAUGAUCUAG